AUGCAAGCCAUUGUGGCAGCCUUGGAGCUCAGGUCCGUCGACCUGCAGAACGCCAGGAACAACCAGGAGCCUCACACACAGGAGAUGGGCCUGCAGUGGCUCAUCAUGCGCCACGGUGAGUCCUUCACAAUCCAGCUGCAUUUCAACCGACGCUUCCACUCUGGGACCGACUACAUCAUCUUUGUGGCUGAGACAGAUGACCCCGCCCCUCCCCAAGACAAAGUUCACCUCAAGGGCCCCUGCCUCUCCUUUCUGAACUUCCACAUUUAUUUUGCACCUCACUUUGGGGUCAUUCUCUCUUACACAGGACCACAGCCCACCGAGCUGCUGGGAACCCGAGCCACCUUCUUGCUCACCCAGGCCCGACAAGGCAAUGUCUGGAGUGCUUCUGACUUCACCAUUCAUGCCAACUCACUCUUUGUCUCCCUUUUCACACCAGCCAAUGCAGUCAUUGGUCCCUACACUCUGAAGAUGGAGAUCUCUCAGGGCCCUGAGGAUGACGUCUACCUGCCAAGUGAAAUACUGCUGCAGGAGUAUAUCAUGAUGGACUAUGGCUUUGUUUACAAUGGUCAUGAAAGAGUCAUCACCCCCUGGCCCUGGAACUAUGGGCAGUUUGAAGAGGACAUGAUAGAUAUCUGCUUUCAGAUUCUGAACAAGAGCCUGUACUUCUUAGAGAACCCAACCAAAGACUACUCCCAGUGGAACAAUGUGGUGUAUGUCUGCAGGGUGGUGAGCGCCAUGAUCAACAGCAAUGAUGACAGCCGUGUGCUGCAGGGGAGCUGGAGAGAGGACUACUCCCAGGGGGUCAGCCCACUGGAGCGGACGGGCAGCGUGGCCAUCCUGAAUUUCCAUGUCUGGAACGAGUGCUGGAUGAUCCGGAAAGAUCUCCCUCCAGGAUACAACGGGUGGCAGGUUCUGGACCCCACUCCCCAGCAAACCAGCAGUGGGUUGUUCCACUGUGGCCCUGCCUCCGUAAAGGCCAUCAGGGAAGGGAAGGUCCACCUGCCCUACAACACCCCAUUUGUGUAUGCUGAGGUGAACGUCGAUGAAGUCGUUUGGCUGUUGGGGGAUGGCCAGGCCCAGGAACUCCUGGCCCAUAUCAUCAGUUCCAUCAGGAAGGAAAUCAGCACCAAGAUGGUAGGGUCAGACCAGAGCCAGAACAUCACCAGCUCCUACAAGCAGCUAUUCUUUGUGGCUGAGGCUUCGGGAGGGGACCUGGGAGUUGCUGGGUGCCUUGUUUCCAGCAAGAAGUUCAUUGGAUCCUGUGAGGAGCGAUCUGUGUUCAUGAAGGCCUCCUGGAAAAUGCUGGGCCCUUGGAAGGCCUCUUCACCCUUCCUGGACCUGCUGGGGUCUGGGGGCUUUGAGGAUCAGCUGGCACAGCUGCAGCUUUACCUGACCAGAAAGGCUGAGUGGGGCCAGGACCUGCUGCCGAAGCUUAAUGCUGGGAGUCUGGCAGAUAGAGCCCAACCCCAGGGGCCCAUCCGCCUGGUGGUGCAUUUCUGUGCACAGACCCUGCUGCACGACGGUGGCACCUGGGAGCCCCUCUGGAGACAAAUAGUGCACUUGACCCUGGACUUCGGGGAGGAGACACAGUGGCUGCUCUUGCUACCCUACAACAAUUAUAGAAACAAACUGGUGGAUGAAAAGCUGAUCUGUGUGUCUGGCAUCGCCAAGGUGGAGGAGACAGGGAGGUCCAUGCUGGUCCUAAAAGAUAUCUCCCUGGGGCCUCCCCACUUAUCUACUGAGGUGCCCGAGAGGGCCGAGGUGGGCAAGGCCCUGAGAGUCCACAUCACGCUCACCAAUACCCUCUCGGUGGCUUUGAGUCACUGCACAAUGGUUCUGGAGGGCAGUGGCCUCAUCAAUGGGCAGAUAACAAAUGAUUGGUGCCGAAACCCGGGAGGGGUACAAAGCCCCGCGGGUUACCGCGCGGGCCGCUCCUCCCCUCCCCCAGGAGACAACCAGGGAACCUCUCCGAUCCGGCAGAAAACGGGGGAAAGAAUUCGAACUGCUGGCCGAAACCAUGCAGAUCAGGUUCACCUUACCGACAACUCCAUGCCUGUCGGAGCGACUGCCGUACCUGGCACCGAUCCAGACUGGACUUAUCAGGAUGGCCAAGAUGGCCGUCGUAAGCGCGACCUCAUGAUCCAAUGCCUCCUGGCUGGCAUGCAGGCUGCCGCUCAUAAGCCCCGGACUGAUUUCCGAAAGAAAUUAAAACGGGCAGAAGACGGCCCUCAAACCCCUAUUCGAGAUCUGGUAAAGAUGGCCUUUAAAGUCUUCAAUGGCCGAGACGCUGUCUACUUGGACGGUGAACCCCAGAGGCAGGAGUAUGUCAUGAAUGAUUACGGCUUCUAUCAAAGGAACAAGAACUGGAUCUGUCCCUGCCCCUGGAACUAUGGACAGUUGGAAAAGAAUAUCAUAGACAUCUGCCUGGAGCUGCUAGACAAGAGCCUGAACUUCCAGAUUGACCCAGCCACAGACUAGGCCCUGCGGGGCAGCCCCGUCCACGUCAGCAGAGUGGUGUGUGCCAUGAUCAACAGCAACGAUGACCGUGGGGUGCUCAAUGGAGACUGGAGCGAGAAUUACUCAGACGGCAUCAACCCCGUGGAGUGGACGGGCAGCGUGGCCAUCCUAAAGCAGUGGCAUGCCACAGUCUGCCAGCCAGUGUGCUACGGGCAGUGCUGGGUCUUUGCCACUGUCAUGUGCACAGUGAUGAGGUGCCUGGGGAUCCCCACCCAAGUAAUCACCAACUUUGACUCUGGCCACGACACAGACGGAAACCUGAUCGUAGAUGAGUAUUAUGACAACACAGGCAGGACUUUGGAGAGUAAGAAGAAGGACAGUGUCUGGAAUUUCCACGUCUGGAAUGAGUGCUGGAUGGCCCGGAAUGACCUUCCCGGAUACGGAGGCUGGCAGCUGCUGGACGCCACACCUCAGGAGAUGAGCAACAGUGAGGCUCUUGGGAGGACAGGCAGAGCCCACUCCCACAGAAACAGACCCGACUCCACCCGGCCCUGCAGCCACAGCCCACUGAGGCCCCCCUGUUCCCCUUUAGGCCUCUACUGCUACGGCCCUGCCUCCAUCAGUGCCAUCAACGAAGGAGAGGUGGAUCUGAACUAGGACACAGCCUUCGCCUUCUCCAUGGUAAAUGCUGACCGCAUGGCCUGGCUGGUCUUUGGAGGGAAGGAGCAGAAACUUCACCUGGACACCAAUUCUGUUGGCAAUUUUAUCAGCACCAAGAGGAUCCAGAGUGAUGAGCGGGAUGACGUCACGGAAAACUGCAAGUACGGAGAAGGUUCCCUCCAGGAGAGGCAGGUGAUUCUGAAGGCUCUUCAGAAGCUGAAGCCUGGAAGGUCCCAAGGCUCCCUCCAACAAACUUCCAGGUCCAUGCUGCCAAGGGACAGUCCUAGGAGCCUUGCUACGCCUUCCCUUCGGCCCAGUGAUGUUGUCCAGGUCUCCCUGAAAUUCCAGCUGCUCGACCCACCCGACAUGGGCCGGGACAUAAGGUUUGUCCUGCUGGCCCUCAACACGGCGCCCCAGUUCAAGGACCUCAAAGUGAACCUGAGUGCCCAGUCUCUGCUGCAUGAUGGCAGCCCCCUGCCCCCAUUCUGGCAGGACACAGCCUUCAUCACAUUCUCUCCUGAAGAAGCAAAGACCUAUCCCUGCAAAAUCCCCUAUUCCCAGUAUGGCCAGUACCUGUCCACAGACAAGCUGAUCCGCAUCAGUGCCCUGGGUGAAGAGAAGAGCAGUCCCGAGAAGACCGUGGUGAACAAGAUCAUCACCUUAGCCUGUCCCGGCAUCAUGAUUAAUGCUUUAGGAGCAGCCAUUGUGAACCGGCCACUCUUCAUACAGGUGAUAUUUUCAAACCCUCUCUCGGAGCAGGUUGAAGAUUGUGUACUGACUGUGGAAGGAAGUGGUCUCUUUAGGAGACGGCAGAGAGUGCUCAUUGGAGUCCUCAAACCCCAUCACAGAGCCAGCCUCACUCUGGAGACUGUCCCCUUCAAGAGUGGCCAAAGGCAGAUCCAAGCAAAUCUGAGCAGCAACAAGUUUAAAGACAUCAAGGGUUACAGGAACGUCUAUGUAGACUUUGGGUUAUAAAUUCUGGGACAAUGAGGUGGACACGUAGAUGUUAAGCUUCAGGGAAAGAGCAGGUUCAAACGCAAGCUGUGCCAUUCCCCACCCAAACAGAGGCUUCUCUGGGCUCCGACGUGAGCAGCAGAGAGAUGCUGGCAAUGGAUAGUCCCCUGGGCCAUUUGCACAGCUCCCCAGGACUCUGUUAAGGGCCCAGGAAUUCCAUGGUGUCCCGCCCAGAAUUGUGAGAUUGGCCACGCAGUCCAGAAUUGUUGGACUUGGCCAUGAUUUACUGAUCCCCAGAUGUCCAGAAAAGAAGAAGACUGGCUGAGCAGCUCACUGUCACUUUGUCAUUGCAAUGGCUACUUCCCUAGUACCAAUAAACUUCAGCCCUCAUUCUCAUCUUUGUGCCCAUACAGUCAUCACUUCCCCCACAGCAGCUCCCACCUGUUCCCUGGAUUCUGGGAGUCUCCUACUGUUCUACU